AUGAAGGAAACAGCUUAUGCUGAUGAGCUAAAGACUCUUGAAGAGUUCAAAACCACACGUAAUGACUGGUUUGUCAAAGAACCGAGAAAGAGAGGCAAAAAGCCAAAGAAAAAGCAAAAGAAAGUGGCAAAGACGUUGUUGAUUGAUGAGCCUGAGGUUGAGGAACCGGUUGAAAAUGUGGAAGAAGAUCCGUAUGCUGAUAUUGAUCAAGUGAUGUUAAAUGUUGAUGAUUUAGUGUCUGAGCAAGUAGCUAAUGUAGAAGCUGAGAAAGAGAAGGUUAUUGAUGACGUCAAAGGUGAUGAUGUUAAUAAAAGUACUACAAGCUUUUCGAGUUCUUCUGAUGAUGAAAUAGAUGAGACUGAACGUCUAAAAAGAAUUCAAGAAGCUACAGAGAAAGAGAAACAAUUGAGAAAAAGGAAGAGACAGGAGAAAGAUGAUGUUGCUUAUGUCCCAUCACCUGAACACGUUUCUGAAUCUCAAUCACCUUCAAGUGGUAAAAAGAAAGAAGGAGCAAGAAAAAGAAUUGUAUCUCCAAAGAUAAAGAAAGUUACUACAAAGAUUACAAAGCCGAAGAUUGUUCUGAAGAAGAAACCAUCCAAAGAACCAAGUAAACCACCAACACCACCACCUGAACCUACACCACAUCAAUCACCAAUAUAA